AUGUGCGACGAGGACGAGGUCACCGCGCUGGUCUGUGACAACGGCUCUGGGCUGGUGAAGGCCGGCUUCGCCGGGGACGAUGCGCCCCGAGCUGUGUUCCCCUCCAUCGUGGGCCGACCCCGCCACCAGGGCGUCAUGGUAGGUAUGGGCCAGAAGGAUGCGUACGUCGGGGACGAGGCACAGAGCAAGAGGGGCAUCUUGACUCUGAAGUACCCCAUUGAGCAUGGCAUCAUCACCAACUGGGACGACAUGGAAAAGAUCUGGCACCACACUUUCUACAAUGAGCUGCGAGUGGCCCCCGAGGAGCACCCCACGCUGCUCACCGAGGCCCCCCUCAACCCCAAGGCCAACCGCGAGAAAAUGACCCAGAUUAUGUUUGAGACCUUCAACGUGCCGGCUAUGUACGUGGCCAUCCAGGCUGUGCUCUCCCUCUACGCCUCCGGCCGCACCACUGGGAUAGUGUUGGACUCUGGAGACGGUGUGACCCACAACGUGCCCAUUUAUGAGGGCUAUGCUCUGCCCCACGCCAUCAUGCGCUUGGACCUGGCCGGCCGAGACCUCACUGAUUACCUAAUGAAGAUCCUCACAGAGCGGGGUUACUCCUUCGUCACCACCGCUGAGCGGGAGAUCGUGAGAGACAUCAAAGAAAAGCUAGGCUACGUAGCCCUGGACUUCGAGAAUGAGAUGGCCACAGCUGCCUCCUCCUCGUCUCUGGAGAAGAGCUAUGAGUUACCAGACGGGCAGGUUAUCACCAUUGGCAAUGAGCGGUUCCGCUGCCCCGAGACCCUCUUCCAGCCCUCCUUCAUAGGCAUGGAGUCUGCGGGGAUCCAUGAGACCACCUACAAUUCCAUCAUGAAGUGCGACAUCGACAUCCGCAAAGACCUCUAUGCCAACAACGUCUUGUCUGGUGGCACCACCAUGUACCCCGGCAUCGCUGAUCGGAUGCAGAAGGAAAUCACCGCCUUAGCCCCAAGCACCAUGAAGAUCAAGAUCAUUGCUCCCCCUGAACGCAAAUACUCUGUCUGGAUUGGGGGAUCCAUCCUGGCCUCCCUGUCCACCUUCCAGCAAAUGUGGAUCACCAAGCAGGAAUACGAUGAGGCCGGCCCCUCCAUCGUGCACAGGAAAUGUUUCUAAGUCUUCGGCCGCACAGCCUCCUCUCCCUGGUGUCCUUGGCCUUUUCCUGUUCCAUUGUUUCUUUCCAGCCUUACCAAAGCACGCACCUGCCAUCUUUUCCACCUGGGCUGCUGCCUGCCUCUGGCCAAGGAGCAGCAGCCACUGCUAUGGUGAAGGGACGCUCAUUCUGCUUCGUCCUUGGCAAGUGCCAUCGCCAGUG